GUUCCAAUGUCCGACUCGAUCUCAGAGAGCGUCGCUCUCGUCCGCUCUCAGCUCGAGAAACGAAGACUCGACGGACGAACCCUUCAGAUCUUGGAAUCGGUUCUGGUCGCGCGUGAUGUGCAGUCGCUUCUCGAAACCAGGUCGGCCUUGCGGCAGCUCUUUCGAUCCGAGGCCUUGUCGGUCAUGGGAGGAAUCUCGGGCAUGACGGUCGAUCGGAAGCUCAGCACGGUUCAGUUCUUCGUCUGGGCCUUUGCUCUUGUCGGGGAUGUCGAGAGUUGUUUGUUGCUCAAAUAUGAAGCUCUGGUUCUACGGGAGUCAAAGCAUCUUAAAAUUCAUGGUCUAGAAGUUUCAUAUGAGGAAUGGUUGACUUUUGCCAAGGACUCACUUGAUAAUGGAUUUUACCCAGUUGCCAUACAGGGUUUUGAAAGGGCACUUCAUUGCUUCCAAACCGAAAAAAUUGAAGAUCCAGAGUUUAUGUCAUCCGAGGAUGCACAUAUUAUCAAGUAUAUAAAAAAACUGAAAGAUGUUGCAACAUCAUUAAUUGCAUCAUGUUCUGUUCAGACGCAGUCUGCAGAAUAUUUGAAAAGAAAAGGCACACAAGAAAAUAUAUGCAUUUCGUGCCCAAGUAGGACAAAUCAUGUAGCCAGUUCAAUGUUCAGAUGUGGUAUAAAGAAAAGGAACAUGCAAAAGCUGCAAAGAAGUCAAGGUCUGCCGAAGGAAAUAGUGUUAACUGGUAAAAAGUUUUGAUUGCUUUUUAAAGCAAAGUUCUGAAGCUCAACGUCAGCGCGUUUUGACCAACAUUUUGCAUGUUUUCAGUAGAAUUUGAUAAAAACUUCUUUGCAUUGUAAAGGCAUUUAGUUCUAGGUUAACUUGGUCAGAAAUCAUUCGGAGUAGGAUGGCAUGUUAGUUCUUUGUCUUUGCUUUAUGUGGACUUCAUUGCUGUUGAAAUUGGCACUGUACAACAGUCUGUAUCGUUGCUUGAAGAUUCACAAAGGGACCAAGUUGCUAUGUUUUCUGGAUUCCGAAGGGGAAGUGGCCACUUACUGAUAGUUUUA